CCCCCUUUUCCAGGUGACGUCAUGAUACUGGCCCGCAUUUGUGAAACCAUCGGAAUGCGACAAAAUUGAUCUUCUAAGAGAUUUACAGUUCUGUUUCGGAUUAAGUUAUUUAUAACUCGUUCUGUCAUAAAUGUGCCUUUGGGUAAAUACGGCGUGUGCACUAAACGCAGCUCUUUAUCGAUUUGAAACGCUGCGGAAAUAACUUCUUGAUCUCACGUUGGGGAGUCUUCUAACAGAGCGAGGCUGCCUGGAUAAUUUGUUCCUCGUUUGUUCUCAUGCGUGACUGUGAAAUGAUAUCAAUUGGAUUGUAUCGCGUUGGAUAGACAUUCUGGUCUGAUGCCCGGCUGCCGCCAUGUUCACCAAGAAGAAGAAGCCUCGCGUCCAGAUUUCGGCACCUUCCAACUUCGAGCACCGCGUGCACACAGACUUUGACGAGCAGGAACAGAAAUUUGUGGGGCUGCCGCGGCAAUGGCAGUCACUGAUCGAGGACACGGCCAAGAGGCCCAAGCCCUUCAUCGACGUCACCGUCAUCACCACGGUGGAGCCCCGCAAGACCAUAGUGCGGGGUAGUAAGAUCGCUGUGGACGGCUCGCUGACAUGGCUGCUGGAUGAGUUUGACACCAUGUCGGUGACCCGCUCCAACUCCCUGAGGCGGGGCAGCCCCCCUAUCCAGCCCCGCAGAGACUCUGGAUCCUCGGGGGGAGGAGGCCAUGAGAACGGGGACCUGGCCCACCGGACACACCACCACCCAGAUCACUAUGGAGACAGAGAUAGGGAGCAGCCCAGGACGGACCAGUUAGCUGGUGGAGACCCCCGGCAGACCCAACGGGUACCCCGCUCUCAGAGAGAGGACGGCCGGCCACAGCAGCAGCCCCGGGGCCAGGAGCCAGGCAGCAGGCACCGAGAGAGGGAGCGGCCCUGCCCACCCCCUCCCCCGCCAAAGCCCAGAGACAUGGACCCACGGGACCACCACGAUCAGGUAGUCCGCAGGGACGGGCCCAGCGACAAGAGGCCCAAGUCCAGCUACACAGGCAGGGACAGCAGCCCCCAAUCGCCCCGGGAUAAGAGGCCUCUCUCGGGGCCCAACAUCCGUAUGCCUAACCUCCCUGUAACAGAGGGGGUGAUAAAGACAGCACAGCAGAGCAGCAGGCCGUUCAACACCUACCCUCGUGCUGACAGUGAAGGAGGAAGAAGCCCCACCAGCCAGGAGCUGAAGCCAGCCCGACCACACGAAACACAGCGCCACAACGGUCCCUCUAGUGGCCGCAGCGGGGGCAGAGCCCCACAGCAGGGCCAGCUACGAGGGGACCCCCACCACACCUCCCACCCUGUCCUGGGCCCUGAGCCCCCCCACGGCUACCAGCAGCUGAAGGCUCCCGUUCCCCGCCCCCUGGCCCCUGCCCUACCACCACAGCAGGCCCUCUCAACCCAGAGGGAGCCCCAGCGGGUGUCCCAUGAGCAGUUCCGCGCCGCGCUGCAGAUGGUGGUGGACCCGGGUGACCCGCGCACCUACCUGGACCACUACAUCAAGAUCGGAGAGGGCUCUACCGGCAUUGUGUGCAUUGCCACCGUCAAGAGCACCGGCAAACUGGUGGCUGUUAAGAAGAUGGACCUGCGCAAGCAGCAGCGCCGGGAGCUGCUAUUCAAUGAGGUGGUGAUAAUGCGGGACUAUCACCAUGACAACGUGGUGGAGAUGUACAACAGCUACCUGGUGGGAGAUGAACUCUGGGUCGUCAUGGAAUUCCUGGAGGGAGGGGCUUUGACUGACAUCGUCACACACACCAGGAUGAAUGAGGAGCAGAUAGCCACAGUGUGCCUGUCUGUACUGAAGGCUCUGUCAGUUCUGCACACCCAGGGCGUCAUCCACAGGGACAUCAAGAGUGACUCCAUCCUUCUCACCCACGAUGGCAGAGUGAAGCUGUCAGACUUUGGCUUCUGUGCCCAGGUAUCUAAAGAGGUCCAGCGGCGCAAGUCCCUGGUAGGCACACCCUAUUGGAUGGCCCCAGAGCUCAUCUCACGACUACCCUAUGGGCCUGAGGUGGACAUCUGGUCCUUGGGGGUGAUGGUGAUUGAGAUGGUGGACGGAGAACCCCCCUAUUUCAAUGAGCCCCCCCUCAAAGCUAUGAAGAUGAUCCGUGACAACCUACCACCCAAACUCAAGAACUUACACAAGGUUUCUCCUCUCCUCAAGGGCUUCCUGGACAAAUUGCUGGUGCGAGACCCUACCCAGAGGGCCUCAGCCAAUGAGCUGCUCAAGCACCCCUUCCUGAGCAAGGCUGGCCCGCCCUCCUGCAUCGUGCCUCUCAUGAGGCAGAACCGCAUGAGAUGAGUGAGCAGAGGCCUCUUCCCCACUAAGUGGUAGUAGUCACAUGGACCCUGAACCCCAAGCUCACACCUCGGACUCGCACUGAUCUGGAGCGGGGGGGGGGGGGGGGGGGGGGGGGGGCAGCGGAGAAGCACUGCCCAGUUCGUAUUAGCAUUUUUGUUGGUCAAGCAUUGUUUUAACGCACCUUUUGAAAUGAAAAGGAACUCUGUCUGUCCCUUUUUUCCUGUGGAGGAAAAACAUUUGGACACUACAAGGAUUUAUAGCUUGAGUGGUUUGGUGCAGAAUGAGGCUUGGAAAGUGUUGUGGGAUCAUUAGACCCUAAGCUACCUGCUGGGGAGACUCACAAAAAGCACUGUUAGCAUCCUAGCUGAAUGGUCUGAAAAGCAUUCUUCCACACUACAGGACUUCCUCACUACAUGGCCCAGUCUCAACUCUAUUGCAAUAGCCAGGACAUCAUAAACUACUACUGAAGGAGGACCAUGCUUUUCUCUUACCACACGAUGAGUACAAGUCUGAAAAACACUUGGUCCCUGUUACAAACACUAAGAAAAGGUAAACACUGGAGUUGUGUUUUUUAGAUCGUUUUUCUUUAUAUUUCUUGUGUAAGUAUGAUGAACAUAUCUGCUUUGUUUUCUCUGUUUUGUGAUUUUUGUUUAGGUUACAGUGAGAUGAUUUAAAGCACUACUCCGAUAGAAGCUGCACUCCUGGUUGAUUCCAAUAUAUCGUCUAGUUCUUUAAAUCAUUUUUUAUUACAAGAUGAAUCGUUUCGUUUUUUUUAAUUUACCUGUGUUUACUAGAAUAUCAUGGUGAAGUGAACAUCAAGGCAGGUUUAGCUGUUAUUUUUACUUUAGGGAUUUAGCCGUGUAGAUUGUGCUCUCUGUAACCCUUCGAUCCGCUGCUGUAGACCUCAACUGUUAGUCUAUAGUAGUGACUACUAGGUCAAUGUAAGGACAACCCUUAUGAAGCACCCCUUCCACCAUACACGUGUGUUGUGCGUGGGUGUGUAUAUACAGGAAUUCUCCAGAUCGGUUAAAUAUAUUUAAAAAAAAAUCCUAAAGAUGCAUUUCUUUAUUGCUUGACCUGGCUGACCUGGACAAUGUGUCUGGACUAUAUGAAUGUAGUGCUGAGCCACAAACAAGCUCUGCAUUUAAAGAUGGAAUCUGCAGUAGGGUGAAACGGCUGACCGCCCCCACCACCGUUGUCAUUUGUUUUUGUUGCCGAGCUAAGGAGCGUCGCGCAGCAUUAAAAAUAUAUAGACAAAAAAAAUAGCAGUACAUAUUGUGCUCUUCUAUCGUGCGUGAAAAGAUGUCCGAGUGGGAAAAAACAGUUUGCAGUUACUUUGUUGAAGGUAAUAUCGCAAACGGUCGUGGCUGUUUCACCAUUAAGGAUUCCAGAUUUAAGGGCUUAUUACAUCAAGAAACGGACACACAAGGUGAAAAUCCAUGUUUAGCUUAAUGAAGUGUGCAACAGAUGCUAGAACUGAACUAUUGUGUCCGCAAUGUAGCAACGGCAGAAAACACAGAUGCAAACACAAGUAGUAAACACUUACCGCAAUUACCCACACACACACACACACACACACACUUCAUGCAGGGCCCAACAAAAGUCUGUGAUGCGAGUGGAAUCACGAAUUCAGACCUUAAAACGGAAUUCAACAAUAUUCAAAAAUAGGAAAUCAACUAAAUGUAUUAGAAAAUGAAUUUUGCCAAGAUUAUCAUAAGACAUAAAAUUGCAUUAGUGAUUUGUAUUUUCCUUAAACUCCCUGAAGCAAAGGCAUGGGAAUUCUGUGUGCAAGGUUGUCUGCCACUUUGUGUAGCCGUUAGCAAUGAUGCUAAUGAUAACCGUCUUCUGGUAGGUGGAGAUACUUAAAAAAAAAAAAUGUGGCAAACUGCAUUCACAUGUUUGCCACAGAAACACAGAUAACCAAACAAGUCUCUUGGCUGGUGCACGCUUGAAUUAAAGGGUAUCUACACCCAAAAAUAGAAAUGUCUUAGAUUUUCCCCAGACCUCAAAAGUGCUCACCUGGUGUGUUUUAAGCAUUGUUGUGAACUUAGAACAUUAAAUGUUGUUUUUCUAUUUAAAAGUGUGAUCCUGGAAAAACAAAACAGAUAUUAUAGGGCCCUAUUCAUUGUUACUCCCCAUUUAUUUUUUUUCUCUGAGCUUCCCCCUCCAAUUCUAGAGUAGCAAGACCAAGUCGCACAUGUACCAUAGAGAGCAUCCAAAGACCACGAGGCCUUAGUGCACAGCAAAGAGUAGCCAAUGUGUCUGUUCUGAGUUUCAGUGGGGAAAUCAGAACAACUGUCCAUAAGUAGACACUAACACUACAUUGUGAACUAUUGUAUUUAGAUACAGAAUUGAAGUGUCAUAGCAGAGGUUAGUGUACUGUUUUAACAUUCUGUCUCAAAUGUACUUGCUUGUAGCAAAUUGGAGUCUUUAAUAUAGAUUUAACUAAUUGUUUUACAAUAUUUUAUUAAUCUCUCACUUAAUCCAUUUCAGUACUUUUUACUGCUGCUCAAAAGGUAGUCUGGUUGAAUUUAAAUGUGAGACAAUAUUCCAUAUUUCCAAAAGACAAGUGGAAGUCUGUUAAAAGUGACACGAUGGUUGGCAUGUCUGAAUAAUAUGUGAUCUGUCUGUUCCCUGUGUAAAAAAAGGAUGUUCUUCCAGUUUAGUUUAGCAAAACUGAGUGAAAAGAUGGGCUGAAAGAAUGACAAUCAAAGUUAGUAGGAGUAAAUAACUGUCUGCUUUUGCAACAAUAUUCUAAACUGAUCACUUUUCAUUGCUCACAAAGUUUUGUAACUAUAAUUGUGUAGCAUUUUGACAACAAACUCAUUUUCUAAAGAAAUCCUAUUUUGAUACUCAUUAAAUCCAUAUUUAUGUAUGUAUAUUUCUAACUUAACUAAUAAGUACCAUGAAGUGAUGGCACACACUUGGUAUUUUGUUUUUUAUUAAAUACUGUAUAACGAUGAAUGCAAAAAAAUCUAUAGACAUCAUUCCUCAAACUACAGGAUUGAAGCAUCCCAUUAACCCCCACAUGUUACAUAGGAGUUCAAUCGCCAUUGGUUUCACUCACUUCAACCACAGUUUUCAGUGGCUGGUAUGAAACCAAUCACGUAUAUUUCUCAGUUGGUAUUUGACAUUCCUGUAGCUUCUACUUAAAUGAAUGGCUGUCAAGGUUAGAAUGGCUUAACAUGGUUUUAUCGUUUUUUUGUGUGUUAAUGCCUUAACGUUCAGAAGAGUAACAGGAUUUAAUGUGAUUCCCUUUCUUUACAAUUACUGUUAAUUGCAAAUAUACAUUAUGAUAUUACUCAUCUCCAGGAGUCUAGUGCCUCAGCGUAAACUUAUCGUUGUUCUCGCUGGUUUGUGUUUGUUGAGGAUGCUCAAAUUCCAAUUAGGAGCUGUGACGACUACUGACUGGCCUACUUGGUAAUAUAUUUAUGUGUGAAUUUCUCCAACUUGUCUGUAUGAUAAUUUUUCACACUUGUACGCUAAAUCAUUUAUGCAUCAGUAUUGUCAAGUUUGUCAUAGUUGACCAUUUUUCUGAAGAGUCCAAACCCCCCUGGAUUUUUUAAUUUCCACUGGUUAUUAAAAAAAUAAACAUUGCAGAUUUUCGAUA